UGUAAAAUCUAGUCACCAAAGCCGCAACAACGAAAAGCAAACAAGGUCUUCCUUUUUAGAGAGAGAAAUUAAGAGAGAGAGAGAAGAGAGAGAGAGAGAGAGAUAUGGAGAAAGAGAGAGAGCAGCUGGUUUACUUGGCUAGGCUUGCAGAGCAGGCUGAGAGAUACGAUGAAAUGGUGGAAGCGAUGAAAAAAGUUGCGAGGCUGGAUGUGGAGCUGACAGUCGAAGAAAGAAACCUAGUAUCUGUGGGGUACAAGAAUGUAAUAGGAGCAAGAAGAGCAUCUUGGAGAAUCUUGUCGUCCAUCGAGCAGAAAGAGGAUAAUAAAGGGCACGAACUCAAUGUCAAGAGAAUAAAGAGUUACAGACAAGGAGUCGAAGACGAACUCACUAAAAUAUGCAUGGAUAUUUUAGCUGUCAUCGACGAACAUCUCCUUCCUUCUUCCUCUACCGGGGAAUCCUCCGUUUUCUACUACAAAAUGAAGGGAGAUUAUUGUCGUUAUUUAGCAGAGUUCAAAUCGGGAGACGGUCGAAAAGAUGCAGCAGACCAGUCACUCAAGGCUUAUGAGGCUGCAACUAGUGCUGCUUCGGAUCUUGCUCCUACGCAUCCGAUUAAACUUGGUUUGGCACUUAACUUCUCUGUUUUCUACUACGAGAUCCUGAAUUCUCCCGAGAGGGCUUGCCACCUGGCCAAACAAGCCUUUGAUGAAGCUAUUGCAGAACUCGAUAGUCUGAAUGAGGAAUCCUACAAAGAUAGCACUCUCAUUAUGCAGCUUCUUCGAGAUAAUCUUACUUUGUGGACCUCGGAUCUCCCGGAAGAUGGAGGUGAGCAGUCGAAGGGCGAUGAUUCCCAUGGAGAGAGCUAGUUGGAUCCGCAUCGCACACAGCAAAAACUGAUCGGUUUGGGAUGGUGACUUUUUUUUUUCUUUUUCGCAUUUCGAACUUUUUAUUUUAUUUGCAUGAAACAGAGCGGGAAUUGAAUCGUGAUUUGGCUUGUACUUUAUGCAUUAUCAUGCAAGGUAUCUUGAAAUUGUUGAAUUUUUCUUUUGUUGCACUAAUAAUAUACUACUACAUAAUGUUGUGAUGAGUUUCGAUUUCACUU